AUGACUAUCAUCUCUCUGCUCCUGCUGGCCUCUCUGCUACCACACCUGACCUUCACUGCAAAUGUGGGUACAGUGAACGGCAGGGAAGCAAAACCCCACUCCAGACCUUACAUGGUAUCUGUUCAAACAAAGGAGCAUCACAUCUGUGGUGGAUUCCUCAUCUCUGAUAGAUUUGUCAUGACUGCUACACAUUUCCAAAUGAACGUUGCAGGCUGGGGAAGGCUGGAUAAUGGCUCCCUUAGCAAUCGUCUCAUGGAAACACAUGUGAAGAUCACGAAUCACACAAAAUGUGAAAAUAAAUGGGGAAACGUUGACUAUUCAGCUUCACAGAUGAUGUGUACAUAUGGCAAUGGAGGAAGUUGCACUGGGGAUUCAGGAGGUCCUUUGGUUUGUGGGAAAACUGCUGUUGGUGUCACAUCUUUUGGUGACCCUAAUCUCUGUAAUUCCCCUGAGCUACCUGAAGUCUAUAUGAAGGCAGCAUAUCUGCUAUGGAUACAUAAGUUUAUUGGAAAUAUUUAUUGA